GCGUUAAACUUAUGUCUGGAACACAAACCUAUCGUUACGUUUGACAAUUGACAUCACUCGAGAGCAAAACAAUAUCAUAAAGGAGGUGGUACAUUGUUACACGAGAUGCUCAGCUCCAAGCAAGACAUCAUGACCUUGCAUUGAUCGUGCAGAAAAGAAACAGAAGCUCAUGACCAUGCAUAUCUUGGCUGAACGAUUUGGUAACAGGAAAUAUUUGGUGGAGUUUCCAAGCUUCAUGGCGUGAAGGGCAAUGGUUUGGCAGUGUGAUGGGUGUGUAUAAAGUCAGCUGCUGUGUACUUUCAGCAGAACAUUGUAAGAUCAAAGAAGUCUAACACCUAACUCUCCUCCAAAUCAUCUCCCAUAUCAUACUCUAAGCAUCAAAAUGCACCUCUCAACUCCCCUGCAUCUCCUUCUCUUCCUGCCAGCUCUCGUCUGCGCAAUCGCAUCCACGUCAAUCAAGCAGACACCCGUACAAGACCCUACCAGCACUCUCUCCUCUUCAACUUCAACUUUCCAUACCCUGCUUUCAUCCUCCUCAUCUACCGUCAAAACCACAACGCCAACUUUGCUAUCAUCACCCUCAUCUUCACUCAAAACCACAAAUCCGACUCUCACAAGUCAUUCAACCCUCACCUCAACAACAACCUCUCCCUCUCCCACCGCCACAAACGGAACCUGUCUCAAUCCAGGAACAUGCGGCACAUUCACCAUCUACCCCUCUUCCCUCUGCGGACCUCUCGCCCGCUGCACCUGCGCCCUCACGAGCUCCAACGUCGGCAUCUGUGUCCAGGACGUUCUCUGCGCGGGUGCCACGCCGUGUGCGAAGCAGAGUGAUUGUCCGGUGGGUGAUGUGUGCUGGGUGCAGAAUUGCUGUGGGGUUAGUAUUUGUGCGCCGGUUGGGACGGGAUGCUCUAAUGGAACGGUGGUGGCUAGACGGCAAGGAGGGACGGGCUUGGGUGUCGGUGGGAUUGGGGGGAGUGGAUUGGGGUUGGGGUUGGGGAAGAGAUGUGCGAGUGCGGGAGGCUGUUUGUGA